GAGUAAUCGCGAGUUGUGUUCAUCUGCAAACGCCAGUAAGAGUUGUAUCUUUUGCCUUCACAAAAUCUUCAGUUGUUUAGUAACAACUAGCUAACAGUCUGACUGUACGGCUAGCAGAUAAUGGAGCUAUGGUGAACUGCCUUUAGAGCAAGGCCAAUUAUAUUAGUACAGCUAAACUGUCAACAAAUAACCUCACAAGAAUGACAUUUUAAGUGGUUUGUUCUGCAUGCUGUCAUCGGCUAGCUGCGCUCAACAACUGUUUCAGCGAUCUAGCUAUAGGUAACAUUAGCUGUGAACUUACAAUGGCAGCGUUACUUUUGCAACGGAAUAGCAAGUCAUGUAAGCAUAUCAAAGUAAGUCAAGUUUGGACAUUGAUGUCUCGUAACAGAAACGGCGCCUCAGGCAAUGUUGACAGUUUCUCCAAUAGAGUCAUUCAGCGAAAACUGGAAUCGUGUUCUAGUUGCAAACAGUUUUUAAAACCUAAGUUACGUGUGACACUACCUCCACAAACGAAUCGUGAGUUUAAAUCACUUUAUACCGAGCUCAACAGUCCCUUGUAUCCAAGAAUACUAGGACUCACCAGGACAUCACUUGGAAAUCAUCAGAUACUCAACUCAGUGGGAUUAUGGAAGAUAUUAGGGGGCCUCAAUUACUUUAGCACCUCUCAGUCACGCCAAGAGAAGAAAGAUGGAGGCAAGGGCAAGACUCCUGAGGAAGAUGAAGAGGAGAAGAAACGUCGUGAGCAAGAGGACCAAAUGUAUCGCGAGCGCCUGCGUACCCUUUUCAUCAUUGCUCUCAUCAUGAGUGUUCUCAAUUCCAUCAACACCAGUGGGGGGAACAUCUCCUGGAAUGACUUUGUGAACGAGAUGUUGGCAAAGGGAGAGGUCUCACGUGUACAGGUGGUUCCUGAGAGUGACAUCGUAGAGAUCUACCUCCACCCAGGAGCAGUCAUCUUUGGAAGACCUAGGUUGGCCCUUAUGUACCGCAUGCAGGUGGCCAACAUUGACAAGUUUGAAGAGAAGCUGCGGGCAGCAGAGGAGGAGCUCAACAUUGAGGCCAAAGACAGAAUACCAGUUUCUUACAGACGCACUGGCUUCUUUGGAAAUGCACUGUAUGCCCUUGGCAUGGCUGCCAUUGGGGUGGCCAUUCUCUGGUACAUCUUUCGGCUUGCAGGCAUGGGAGGCAGAGAAGGAGGCUUCAGUGCUUUUAAUCAGCUGAAAAUGGCCAAGUUCACUAUUGUAGAUGGGAAAUCUGGAAAGGGUGUCAGCUUCAAGGAUGUUGCAGGGUUGCAUGAAGCAAAGGUGGAAGUGAAAGAGUUUGUUGACUAUCUAAAGAACCCCGAUAGAUACCUUCAGCUGGGGGCCAAGGUCCCCAAGGGUUCCUUGCUGUUGGGGCCUCCAGGGUGUGGGAAGACCCUACUGGCCAAGGCUGUGGCAACCGAAGCUCAAGUGCCUUUCCUUGCCAUGGCGGGGUCUGAGUUUGUUGAAGUAAUUGGAGGUCUCGGCGCGGCCAGAGUGAGGAGUUUGUUUAAAGAGGCCCGCGCCCGCGCCCCAUGCAUCGUCUACAUAGAUGAGAUCGAUGCUGUUGGGAAGAAGCGCUCCACCAACAUGUCAGGCUUCUCCAACACUGAGGAAGAGCAAACUCUCAAUCAGUUACUGGUUGAGAUGGAUGGAAUGGGAACCACAGAUCAUGUGAUUGUGUUGGCCUCCACAAACCGGGCAGACAUUUUGGACAAUGCACUGAUGAGACCAGGGAGAUUAGACAGACAUAUUUUCAUUGACCUCCCAACCCUACAGGAAAGGAAGGAGAUCUUUGAGCAGCACUUGAAGAUCCUGAAGCUCACCCAGCCAGCAAACUUCUACUCCCUCCGUCUAGCUGAGCUCACCCCAGGUUUCAGUGGUGCUGACAUUGCCAACAUCUGUAAUGAGGCUGCCCUACAUGCUGCCAGAGAAGGAUACAAGUCUAUAGAUACAUUCAACUUUGAGUAUGCAGUGGAGAGGGUCAUUGCAGGAAGUGUAAAGAAAAGUAAGAUCCUAUCCAAAGAGGAGCAGAGAAUCGUGGCUUUCCACGAGUCCGGUCACGCUUUGGUGGGUUGGUUGCUGGAGCACACUGAGGCAGUCAUGAAGGUGUCAAUUGCCCCCAGGACCAAUGCUGCACUGGGGUUCGCACAGAUCCUCCCCAGAGACCAGUACCUCUUCACCAAAGAGCAGUUGUUUGAGAGGAUGUGCAUGGCAUUGGGUGGGAGGACGUCUGAGGCCAUCACAUUCAACAAAGUCACCACAGGUGCUCAGGAUGACCUGAGGAAGGUGACGCGGGUGGCCUACUCCAUGGUGAAGCAGUAUGGCAUGUCAGCUAGCGUGGGUCAGGUGUCCUUCCCGGACACAGAGGAGCAGGGAGCCAUUGGGCGCAGACCUUUCAGCCAGGGCCUCCAGGAGCAGAUGGAUCAUGAGGCUAAAAUGCUGGUGGCCCGUGCCUAUAGACACACAGAGAAGCUGCUUCUGGAAAACAGGGAUAAACUGAUAUUGCUGGCAAACACGUUGCUCGAGCGGGAGGUGGUGAACUAUGAUGACAUUGAGGCUUUGCUUGGCUCCCCUCCGUAUGGGCCCAAGAAGAUGAUCGCCCCGCAGACCUGGAUCGAGGCUGAGAAGGACAAGCAGGAUACCGGAGAGGACGAGCCUCCCAGGCCCCGGCCGCCACCCAGGAAGGACGAUGAGGACUUCAGCCUGGGCCCUGUGUGAUCUCAGGCUGAGGGCUCACGCAGUACCAGGACUGGCCUCACGGUGCGAGACCACAGGUGGUUGCUUAUUUGGUGUGCCAGCCAUACUCAGAUUGCAGUGAACUGAUCUGAGCUAAGAUUCUUUGCAGUGAAUUUGUGACUUGAAAGGACAAACGUGAGGCGUGGGGUAUCCUGCUUAUAUGUGUAGAGUAGGUUCCUACAGUAAAGUAACUUGAACUGAAUGAAUGGGAUGAAAGAUAAUUAUAAAUAUGUCCAUUUUUAUUGGAUGUAAUGAGUUAUGUUUGUACAGUGAAUAGCAUUUGUACAGAGAAAAUAGGAGGCUGCACAGAACGCUAUAAAACGCACUAAUUAGCCACAAAUAGCUUCUGAAAGGAUUACACAGUUGUUCCAUGGUUUCAAAGUUUAGGUUUAUGUUUUUCCUAAAUCUGUUACCUGCAAAAAAUGAUGUCCCUGCUGCAGGUACUCUAUGUACCAUCAUAAAGGAAUAUUCUCACUGUGGGCACAAAGCGUUUUCAAUAGUAGCCCAUGAUAAGGCAAAGGGAAGGUACACACCAGUUGACAAAAAAGUGUUAUUUAAUAGAAUUAAACUUGGCUGCUUGAAAGUUUUAUUGUGAAUUCAAUGCUGUUAGGCUGAUGUAGCCUUAUUGUAUCCACAUCCAACCAAGCUGUAUAAUCUGUGUGUUCAAAUAAAUCCAAAUAUAUGGGUUUCUCCCGUUUUUGGUUAAUAACA